AAUUCAUUCCCUAGAUGAUAUUUCUUAACAGUCUAUUUGACUACCUAUCCCUUCUUAUUAUUUGGAAGUGGGUCACUGGUUCUCAAGCUGAUUUGUACCAUGUAAUGAUCUACAUGUUCCUGAGCCCGACAGAUGAUUUGGGUGAAAACCAACUCUUUGUUGGUCAGAAAAAUCUGCAGCUUGUGCUUUUGCUUCUAGCUGUUGUCGCUGUGCCUUGGAUGCUUUUGCCAAAACCUUUUAUUUUGAAGAAGCAACAUCAAGAUAGGCAUGGAGUUGAAUCCUAUAUACCACUCGAAAGCACAGAGGAGAGCUUGCAAGUGGAGGCAAGUCAUGAUUCUCAUGUUCAUAAGGAAUUUGAUUUCAGUGAAAUCUUUGUACAUCAACUCAUUCACACCAUAGAAUUUGUACUUGGAGCAGUGUCUAAUACAGCUUCUUACCUUCGUCUGUGGGCCCUUAGUCUUGCUCAUUCAGAGUUAUCAAGUGUUUUUUUAAUGUUCUCUUGCAUUUCUAUUCUACUUGAUGCUAAGGGAUUUUCUCAUAUACCCUGGAGAUUUCGGGAUAAGAAAGAGGCUGUGGAACCCGAGGCAGACCCAGAAAGGGAUCAGAGAUCUGUUUUUGCUUACUAG